AUGAACCAAGAAACGUACAACACUCUGGAGAGUGUGGACACUGUGGAAUUGUCCAACAUGGAGACAAAAGAGAAGACCCUCUUUCAAGUCAACAAUCAUGUGAUUGUUCUUCCUUCAAUGCCUAAGACUGUUGCUCAGGAGACCUUUCACACUGGAGCAGAGAAUAUGAUCUACUGGUUUGCAACCAUUGCAGGACUUCAUGGCACUAUGCAGAAUGGGUGUUGCAUCUUCUAUGUGUGGCUGAGAUGGAUGUACAUGUGGGCUGAUAUUGGGGAUGUUAUGGUGGACAGAAGGACUGACAGCCUCAUGUGCCUUUCACACAUCAUGGGUGAUCACAAGCUAGUAUAUUCAGAUCACUAUGAUGUCCAGCAGGCUGAUGUUCUUGAGACCCACCUACUGAUCAUCACCCUUUCCCCCCUGCUUCCAAGCACUCAAUACAUGCACAAGGAUGUCUGGUAUUGGCAUGGCAUCUCCAUCAAAUUUGUAAUCAGGCGACCUGUUUCUGUGAACACCUUGGGGGAUCAGAUCUGCAUCUGGGAUGGGUGCAAACAUCUCCAUGGCUCUGCACCUGAACAGCAUAUCCUGUGCUGGUGUCCACAGUGUGCCCAGUGGUUCCACCUUGACUGCCUGGGUCUCAUUGACAGUGAACAGGCAGCAGAGUGUGAAAAACAUCUCACCUUAAUCACAAUAGUGUAUGGGGUUGAGGUCUCCAAGCUGAUUGGCCUUCCAAUCGAGAGAAACCAUGCUGCCUCUGCUCCACUCUGGAGCAGCAAGGCCCUUCUUGGAUUUUCUCAGGAGAGGUUUCUCUCGUCAUUGAACCUGUUUUCCAAGAUGAACUGGAAGAAAGAACUGUUUGCUGAUGCACUCAGGCAGGGAGAAACAGACAGUGGCAUCAGCAAGGACAAGGUUAAGGAUGCUAUGCAGUACUUCACUGAUUUUCUGAGUAUCGACACACUGCCUGUAUGUACCUUAGGGAGUGAAUUACUAGCUGCUAUGCUUGCGCUCACACACAAUGUCCAAUAUUAUUCUCUGAGCCUACACAAAGGUGCCCUCCCAAUUGGCAAUCUCACUGCGCAAUGCAUUGUGGGCCUAGUAAAUACUGUAGAAUUAAUGGAAUAUUUGGAGUGCUUGAUUACAUCAGUUCAAGCAACUGGCAUAUGGUGA